ACUUCGCUCUCUCGCUUCGAGCCCCUCCUGCCCGCUCGGGGCGCCAAACGGCGAUGGGGGCGCUUGCGCUCUGCCUCUUAUUAGGCUGGCUGCGCUGGGGCCCAGCGGGCGCCCAGCAGUCCGGGGAGUACUGCCACGGCUGGGUGGACGUGCAGGGCAACUACCACGAGGGUUUCCAGUGCCCGGAGGACUUCGACACGCUGGACGCCACGAUCUGCUGUGGCUCCUGCGCGCUUCGUUACUGCUGCGCCGCAGCCGACGCCAGACUGGAGCAGGGAGGCUGCACCAACGACCGCGGCGAGCUGGAGCACCCGGGCAUCACAGCGCAGCCCGUGUAUGUCCCUUUCCUGAUCGUCGGCUCCAUCUUCAUUGCAUUCAUCAUCCUGGGCUCAUUAGUGGCUAUUUAUUGUUGCACCUGUUUGAGACCCAAGGAGCCCUCGCAGCAGCCCAUCCGCUUCUCACUCCGCAGCUAUCAGACAGAGACCUUGCCCAUGAUCUUGACCUCCACAAACCUUAGGGCACCUUCUAGGCAGUCCAGCACAGCCACCAGCUCCAGCUCCACGGGUGGCUCCAUCCGUAGGUUCUCCUUCGCCAGGGCUGAACCUAGCUGCCUUGUGCCCUCACCACCCCCACCUUACACUACCGGCCAUCCAAUCCACCUGACCCAACCGUCAGGUUUCCUGGUGUCACCCCAAUAUUUUGCCUACCCACUUCAACAGGAGCCCCCACUGCCUGGGAAGAGCUGUCCAGACUUCAGUUCCAGUUGACAGGUCAUGGCCAAGAACCCACCACAGUAAAAUGGCAGACAGAUGG